CUCUGAGCGGUUUGCCACACCAUGCCUCUGCCCCGACGCCGCUCCUCCUUCCUGGGACAGCAGUCCUCUGAGCGCCCGGGCGCCUCUGCCGGCGCCUGCGGGCGCAUCAGCUCAACCAGCACGGCCGCGCCUCGCGGUGUCUUCGUAGGCCCCGCCCCCGUGGCAGUGGGCGGGGCUUCCUGCCUGGGGACGCGCGUGUCGCGGCGUGCACUGGGCAUCAGCAGCGUGUUCCUGCAGGGGAUGCGGAGCAGCGCGGCGCCCGUGCUGCCCCAAGCCGGGCCGCGGAUGGCGGGGCAAGGGGGCGCGGCGGCGGCUGGGCUGAACGUGUGUCUGAUGGAGUACCGAGACAAAGUGCAAGCGCUGGAGAUGCUGAACCAGCAGCUGGAGGAGCAGAUCAGACUCUGUCUGGACCGCAAGGCGUCCAGUGCCGGCGCCUGGGGGGCGCUCCGCUCUGAGUGGGAGGACGUCUACAGACAGGUCAGUGAAGCGAUCCUGGACAACGCUCGGCUGAUGCUGCAGACGGAGAACGUUCAGGCCAACGCAGAGGACUUCAAGGAGAGGUUUGAGAACGAGCAGCCUUUCAGGAAGGCCGUGGAGGAGGAGAUCAGCUCGCUGUACAAAGUGAUGGAGGACGCCGACCUGACGAAGGCUGAGCUGGAGGAGCAGAUGGAGGACAUGAGAGCUGAGCUGAGAAACCUGGAGCUCAACCACGAGCAGGAUGUGCGCGCCCUCUACAGUCAGAUGGCGGGCGACGAGCCCGACUCGCCGAUAGAAACUAGUCUGGACCAGAUCCUGGAGUUCAUCCGGAACCAUUGGGAGAAAGUUACGGAGAGGAACCGAGCCGACACCGACAGCUACCUGGAGUGCAAGGAGUCUGAGUGUGUGAGCAGCAGCCUGAGUCCCGAGCAGCAGCAGCUGGAGCUCCUGAAGGCCGAGUGUAACGACGCAGGCUGUAAGAUCCAGAGUCUGCAGGCCGAGACCGAGUCCAUCCGAGCCCUGAAACGUGGUCUGGAGAACUCUCUGGGUGACGCCCGCCACUGGCACGCCAUUGAGCUGCAGAACCUGGGCUCGGUGGUGGCGAAGCUGGAGGCUGAGCUGUCCGACGUGCACGGCGAGAUUGAGCAGCAGCGCCGGGACUACGACACGUUGCUUAGCAACAAGCAGCGGCUAGAGCAGGAGAUCGCCAUGUAUCACGGCGUCCUGGACGGAGAGGAGAGCCGCUUCCAGCCGCCAGACACGCUGUGUCCAGGUGUGCACUCAGAGGCUGAGGGGGCAACAAGUGUGUCUGCCGACUCCAGCACCCCUGACCAGCUGAUCCAGGACCCCCAGCCAGCUGAGCCAGGACCCCCAUCCAGCUGAUCCAGGACCCCCAUCCAGCUGAUCCAGG